CCGAAACAUGCCGCUCAAGCCUUCGGUCUGGAUUGGUUCCAUGGCGACAGCGGUCGCUAUCGGUCUGCUGAUGAUGGCGACCAUGAAGCAGAAGCAGGAGCUGCUUCAGCUCAAGCGUGGGCCUUCAGGUGUUCCUUUCGUUGGGAAGGAGACCGUCAGAUUCGACAAAGGCCUCACCAAAAAGUUCAACCGCAAGAUCUACACUGAGAUCCUCCGCGAUGGCCUCGAGGGUGACGCUGUCGAGUCCGGGGACAAGGUGACGGUCCACUACACCGGCAAGCUCACCAACGGAAAGUUGUUUGACUCCGGCAAGAUCUCCUUUGUGGUUGGAGCUGGACAGGUGAUCAAGGGCUGGGAUCAGGGUCUUCAGGGCAUGAAGCUCAACGGAGUUCGCAUGCUCCACAUCCCUCCACAGCUUGCUUACGGCAGCCGAGGAACCCCGGGAGGACCCAUCCCCCCUGACGCCACCCUGCUGUUCAAGGUCAAGCUGCUGCACGUCAACAGGAAAGGAGCUGCUGGAAGCAGAAAAGCAAAGAUGUCCAAGGCGAUGUUGAGAAGGCUCAAGCAGCAGCAGCUGAAGAAGGAGCAUGUCCACCAAGAAUUGCAGAAGCUGAUUUAAAGCGCUUACUAGUUGAACUUACAUGUGCGACUAUUGAAGAAAGAAACAGAUC